UUCGCAACCAGCGCUGGCUACAGCAGGUACCAAAGUACCUGCACUUCAGGUCAACUGCUGAGUUGGAGUCUUUCAACAACCAUAUCUUGAUGUAUGCCAGCAAGCGCUUUUGCUUCACCCCUCCCGUGUACGAAGCCAGAAUCCUGCUUGCUGCCCUGGACUACAAUCACCAUGUGCACAGGCAACCCAAAAGAAGACCUGAUGGCUCAGUACAAUACCGAAAGUUGUACAACAAAAAGUCUGCCAUGUGGAGCUUGUACAUAAUGAAAGAGGACAAGGACUAUUGCUACAUUCCGGAACUCCAGAGAGCCAUCAUCGGAAAGCGUUUGUCAAUGGGCCGUGGUCUACCCCGUCGUUCACAAGACAGGCCCGAGGACCCACGCCGACAUGGACUACUAGCGGGUGUGCCAGCACCCACCAUGCAGGAGCUUCUGGACAAGCAAUCGUGUCGGGGUGCUGUAAUGCUGCAGUGAAGACUGUCAUAAUGCCUCCUCAGCAUCCCUACUGGUACAAGUCUCAGCCUCUGCCCUCCUCAGCAUCCCUACUGGUACAAGUCUCAGCCUCUGCCCUCCUCAGCAUCCCUACUGGUACAAGUCUCAGCCUCUGCCCUCCUCAGCAUCCCUACUGGUACAAGUCUCAGCCUCUACCCUCCUCUGCAUACAUACUGUCAGCCCACUCACCUGCUGUUCCCACCACCUUGUUUCAUCUUCUGUUGACCAUUCAUACUGUUUCCACGGCUGUGCCCUCGUCAGCAGCCCAAACGGUCAUCGCCCUGUCUCGGCCUCUACCCAGGACUCCCAACUGCGGUCUGCAUCUCUACUGUCAGCCCAUUCACCUGCUGUUGCCACCACGUGUCAUCUUCUGUUGUUCGACAGUACUGUGCACCCUCGUCUGCAGCCCAAACAGUCAUUGCCCUGUCUCGGCCUAUACCCAAACCAGCUGUUACCUCUGCCCAGUGAUGGGCCUUCAUCCGCAGCCAAAACGAAGUCUCAUGCAGCACCCAGGACUGUGCCCUCGUCAGCAGCCCAAACGGUCAUCGCCCUGUCUCAGCUUCUACCCAGGUCUCCCAACUGCGGUCUGCAUCUCUACUCUCAGCCCACUCACCUGCUGUUCCCACCACCUUGUUUCAUCUUCUGUUGACCAUUCAUACUGUUUCCACGGCUGUGCCCUCGUCAGCAGCCCAAACGGUCAUCGCCCUGUCUCGGCCUCUACCCAGGACUCCCAACUGCGGUCUGCAUCUCUACUGUCAGCCCAUUCACCUGCUGUUGCCACCACGUGUCAUCUUCUGUUGUUCGACAGUACUGUGCACCCUCGUCUGCAGCCCAAACAGUCAUUGCCCUGUCUCGGCCUAUACCCAAACCAGCUGUUACCUCUGCCCAGUGAUGGGCCUUCAUCCGCAGCCAAAACGAAGUCUCAUGCAGCACCCAGGACUGUGCCCUCGUCAGCAGCCCAAACGGUCAUCGCCCUGUCUCAGCUUCUACCCAGGUCUCCCAACUGCGGUCUGCAUCUCUACUCUCAGCCCACUCACCUGCUGUUCCCACCACCUUGUUUCAUCUUCUGUUGCCCAAACGGUCAUCGCCCUGUCUCAGCCUCCACCCAAACCAGCUGUUACUCUGCCCAGUGAUGUGCCUUCAACCGCAGCCAAAAUGAUAAUUGCAUGCAGUACCCAGUAGCCCACGACUGUGCCCUUGUCAGCAGCCCAAAUGGUCAUCGCCCUGUCUCAGCCUCUGCCCCAGCCUCUGCCCUAACCAGCUGUUGCUACCUCUGUCCAGUGAUGAUUCAUCACAUGUAGCUGAACCGACCAUUCAUGCAGUACCCACGGCUGUGCCCUCAUCUGCAGCCUAACUGCUCACCGCCCCGUCUCAGCCUCUGCCCUCGUCUGCAGCCCAACUGGUCAGCCAGGGCCUGCUUUGCCCGCUCACCUGCUGCCCAGUGUCAUCUUUUGUAGUUUGACUGACCAUUCAUGCAGUACCCAGUUGCCCACGGCUGUGCCCUCGUCUGCAGCCCAAACGGUCAUCGCCCUGUCUCAGCCUCCACCCAAACCAGCUGUUGCCUCUGCCCAGUGAUGGGCCUUCAUCCACAGCCAAAACGAAGUCUCAUGCAGCACCCAGGACUGUGCCCUCGUCAGCAGCCCAAACGGUCAUCGCCCUGUCUCAGCUUCUACCCAGGUCUCCCAACUGCGGUCUGCAUCUCUACUGUCAGCCCAUUCACCUGCUGUUGCCACCACCCCGUGUCAUCUUCUGUUGUUCGACAGAAACUUACAUGUAGUAGCCCUACUGUGCGCCCUCGCCUGCAGCCCAAACGGUCAUCGCCCUGUCUCAGCCUCCACCCAAACCAGCUGCUACCUCUGCCCAGUGAUGGGCCUUCAUUCGCAGCCAAAACGACCAUUCAUGCAGUAUCCAGGACUGUGCCUUGUCUGCAGCCUAACCGGUAUCACAUUGCUACAGCCCAUAGACCAAGAGGGAGGCUUCACACUGGACCUCUGAUCCCUAUUUUUCAUCUUGUAUUGAAACUGGUUUCUUCAAGUGGAAGAUUGCCAUAACACUUCAUUAAAACUUGUUCA